AUGGCAACGAAAUUAUUUCCCCUACUCAAUUGCUUGCCUCCGAAACUCCCCGUUCCCAGACUCGCCAAAGCAUUUUCAUCAACAGCCGGGAAACGGGGUACAUACGAAAGUACCAUUGCCAAUCUGAGCAUUGAUCAGAAUACAAGAGUGAUAUAUCAAGGAUUUACUGGUAAAGUAGCCACCAAAAAUGCAAAAGACACGAUAGAAUACGGUACUCGAGUUGUCGGGGGUGUCUCUCCUGGCAAGGGCGGUCAGGAUCACCUCGGCCUCCCUGUAUUUGGCACAGUAAAAGAAGCCGUAAAGAUUGUGAAGCCACAUGCAAGCGCUGUCUUUGUUCCCGCUCAAUUUGCAGCAGGGGCUAUCAUCGAAGCAAUAGAAGCUGAGAUUCCGCUCGUCGUUUCAGUUGCCGAACAUGUGCCCCUUCACGACAUGGCUAGGGUUCAAGAGAUUCUCCGAACACAGAGUAAAACGCGGCUUGUGGGGCCCAAUUGCCCCGGAAUCAUCGCUCCUGACCAAUGUCGCAUUGGUAUCAUGCCAUACAAGCAGUACAAAAAGGGUGUUGUUGGGAUUGUGUCCAAGAGUGGAACACUCAGUUACGAAGCUGUAGGGGCUACAAGCAAAGCUGGUCUAGGACAGAGUACCGUUGUCGGAAUGGGAGGUGAUAUGAUGCCAGGUACCACACUUUUGGAUGGGCUCAAAUUGUUCUUUGCGCAUGAAAAUACCAAGGGUAUCAUCGUCAUUGGCGAGAUCGGUGGCGAAGCUGAGCUGAGAGCAGCGGAAGCCAUAAGAGACUACAGAGAAUCGACAACUAACCCAAAACCUAUAAUUGCAAUGGUCGCUGGGAGAACAGCGCCGCAAGGCAAGACGAUGGGACAUGCCGGUGCUAUCCUGUCUCCGAGGGAUGUGCCCGCCGAUGUUAAAGCAAAGGCACUUGAAGAAGCGGGUGCAAUAGUCGUGCCGCAUCCAGGAGUCAUGGGCGAUGAGAUGAAAAGGCUGCUUCACCUGUAA